UGACAGAUCAAGGCAACAAAUUUCAAUUGCUGGUCCCAACAUUUUCUUGCCCGUUGAGUGCUUGCAACACAUGUCAGUCUUCCCGGCUCAGUAAAAGUUAGGUCUCUCUUUCAGACCAGAAAAAGACGAGUGAAUUAAACGCAGUGCUGGUGGAUGCACGUUGAAAAGUACUGGGUAAUUCUUUUUAACUUGACAGUUCUUCCGCUUUCUGGAUUGUAGGAUGGCAGAAAAAAGGAGAUCGCCGUGUACAAUGAGUUUAAAAGCUCAUGCUUUUUCGGUGGAAGCCCUCAUUGGGGCGGAAAAGAAAAGAAAGUUGAACGAGGAUAGCGAUAAUUGUUUUGAGGGGAAUGAAAUUUCGAAUCAGGACGAGAGCAUACAGAAGGACGAGAGGAAUUGCUCCAGCCAAAGAGACUGUGAAAUUGACUGUUCAAGUGACAGAUCCCCUGAGUGUGACGAUGUUUUGUUGGAAAGCCCUUCUCCCUCAGUGUCAGCGCCUCCGCUGAUACCUUCUCAAAGUGGCCCUGGCGCUGCAGAGAUCCAAGCGGACCUUCAAGGAGCCGAUCUCUGGAAACGGUUUCACGAGAUCGGAACGGAAAUGAUCAUCACUAAAGCUGGGAGGCGGAUGUUCCCAGCGAUGAGAGUGAAAAUCUCGGGUCUGGAUCCUCAUCAGCAGUAUUACAUAGCGAUGGAUAUCGUCCCCGUGGAUAAUAAACGAUACAGGUAUGUGUAUCACAGCUCUAAGUGGAUGGUGGCCGGCAAUGCUGACUCCCCGGUCCCACCUCGAGUUUACAUCCACCCUGAUUCCCCAGCUUCUGGAGAGACAUGGAUGCGACAAGUCAUCAGCUUUGACAAACUCAAGCUUACUAACAAUGAGCUCGAUGACCAGGGACAUAUAAUCCUUCAUUCGAUGCACAAGUACCAACCCAGGGUCCAUAUUGUCCGCAAGGAAUAUGGAGAGGAUCUCUCUUCCGUUAAAGCUGUUCCUGUUGGUGAAGGGGUUAAAGCAGUCUCCUUCCCUGAAACAGCUUUUACUACCGUCACAGCAUACCAAAAUCAACAGAUCACCAGACUAAAGAUUGACAGAAACCCGUUUGCAAAAGGAUUUCGCGAUUCAGGUCGUAAUAGAAUGGGCUUAGAGGCUUUAGUAGAAUCCUAUGCAUUCUGGAGACCAUCACUGAGGACUUUGACAUUUGAGGACAUACCUGGAAUCACUAAGCAAGGAUGCCCAGGAUCCCCCUCUAUUCUCCAGAGCACUGGAAGCGGGGUCCCCUCGACUCACGCACACCUCCUCUCUGGCUCGCCAUGUUCCUCCCCUUCAUUUCACCUGGGACCCAACAGCAGCCAGCUCUGCAGCAUGAGCCCCACAGAUUACACAACGUGUAGCCGCUCAGGAUUGGCUCUUAACCGGUAUGGCAACACCCUCGCUGAGACCUAUAGCAGGCUUACUAGUCCCACCAGUGACACCUUUGCACCGCCUAGGACUCCUUCCUAUGUUGGGAUGAGCAGCGGCAACAUGACCAUGGCUGGGAGCGAUGGAGAAACCUUCAGCUGCCCUCAGACGGGUCUGCCUAUUCAGAUUUCUGGCAUGCCCUCCCCACAGCUCCAGUACAUCAUGCCGAGCCCACCAGGCAAUGCCUUCUCUGCCAAUCAGGCACACCAAGGAACCUAUAACAGUUUUAGGCUCCAUAGCCCCUAUGGUUUAUAUGGAUAUAACUUCUCCACCUCACCAAGACUGGCAGCCAGCCCAGAGAAAAUCAUGUCCUCUCAAGGGAGCUUUCUUGGCUCAUCGCCCAGUGGCACCAUGACUGACAGGCAGAUGUUGUCCACUGUGGAGGGAGUGCACAUGCUCAGCAGUGGCCAGCAGAACCAAUUCGACUCUAGGACUUUGGGAAGCUCUUCCUCUCAAGUUCCAGCACAUACGGUUUAAACAUGGACACUUAGUACUUGUAGAAGUACAUUGUGACAUUUCUGUAGCAAAAAAAAAACAAAAAACAAUUUAAAUUGCAGCAUCUGCUUGUAAGGACUUAAUUGAGAUUAAAUUGUUUUACUUAUGAACAAAGGACAAAAGCAGUGCCCUACCCUACACCAAAGAUGUAUGUACUAUAGCCCGAAUACUACAUUAUUAAAAGCUUACAAUAAUGGCACUUGGAAUAAAUAGUCAAGAAAAGGAAUAUGUGACUGUUUUAAAAACAAUACACUAUCAUCUCUCACGUAUGUGCAGAGAGGUGUUUAUAAUUCCCAGGUAUCUUGGUUAUAUAAGCAAAGCUAAAGAGCAUCUUACUGUAUGUUGUACAUGUUUUAAGAGCCGAAACUGUCUAAUAUGUAUUUUAUAGAGAUCAUAAAAUGACACCUAAACCACUUACAAAGGAAUACAGAUAGCUUGUUAAAGGUUGAUCAUAGCUGUUGAAACAUUUAAACACACAAAAUUCAUAAAUUCAGAAGAAUUAGAAAUUGUUUAUCUAAACUCAGAUCAAUGA